AUGAAGAAAGAUGAACUUCUCCAAGAUCUCUUCCUGGAAUGGUCUGCACUGAUACAUAUUCAUGUCUUAUACCAUAAUUCUGUUUUUUUUUUUUCACCUUCUUGUAGGGCAGAAAAAUAUGGACCCAUUUUACGCAUUAAUGCUUUUCACAGAGUCUCAGUGAUGAUUGUGAGUCCUGAAGGAGUGAAGGAAGUCUUGAUGUCACCUCAAUACCAAAAGGAUCCACUGGUGUACAGUAACAUCUGCAACUUAUUUGGUGAAAGGUUUCUUGGGACUAGUUUGGUGACUGAUCUGAACUAUGAACACUGGCACAAACAGAGGAAGAUGAUGGAUCCAGCUUUCAGCCGAACCUACCUGAUCGGUCUGAUGGAAACUUUUAAUGAAAAAGCAGAGGAGCUGAUGGAGAAGCUAGAGAAAAUGGCAGAUGGAAAGAAAGAGUUUAGCAUGUUGGCGAUGAUGAGCCGAAUAACGUUGGACGUCAUUGCAAAGAUAGCUUUUGGCUUGGAAUUGAACACGCUGAAUGAUGACCAGUCACCCUUUCCAAAAGCUGUGACCAUGAUUAUGAAGGCAAUGACGGAGACACGCAUCCCCCUUGUGCAGUACCUGCCAGGAAAACAGAAAUUGAUAAAGGAGAUCCAGGAGAGCGUGCGACUGCUACGCCGCGUGGCCAGGGAAUGCAUUGAGCAACGGAGAGAAGACAUGAAGAACGGGAAGGAAGACACAUUAGAUAUUCUUACACAGAUACUUAAAGGAGAUGCUCUGCAGGAAAUUAGAGAUGAUGAAAAUAUCCUGGAUAACUUCAUUGCUUUCUUUGUUGCUGGUCACGAAACAACUGCCAAUCAGCUGUCAUUUACAGUAAUGGCACUGGCUCAGCAUCCUGAAAUAUUGGAAAGACUUCAGGCUGAAGUGGAUGAAGUUGUAGGUGCCAAGAGAGACAUUAACUAUGAAGAUCUUUGCAAACUCACGUAUUUAUCACAGGUUUUGAAGGAAUCUCUCCGACUGUACCCACCUGUCCCAGGGACUUUACGCUGGAUAGAGAAGGAACUGGUUGUUGAUGGCAUCAAGAUUCCAGCAAACACAACACUUCUACUGCACACUUAUGUAAUGGGAAGGAUGGAACAGUUUUUCAAGGACCCACUCACUUUCGAUCCACAACGAUUUAGCAAAGAGGCACCAAGGCCAUAUUACUCCUACUUUCCUUUCUCUCUGGGACCCCGAUCCUGUAUUGGGCAGGUUUUUUCUCAGAUGGAGGCAAAAGUGGUGAUGGCAAAAUUGCUGCAGAGGUUUGAAUUCCAGCUGGCACCAGGACAGAGCUUUAAAAUCUUGGAUACUGGCAGCCUUAGGCCACUAGAUGGAGUCAUGUGUAAAUUGAAGCCAAGGAGCCAUCUGAAAGGCUUCCAGAUGUGAUUGUGA